UUUUUUUUCUUAAAGAAAAUUUUUUGUUUUCACUUCAUCUUGCCCAAUUACAAAUUUCAACACAUUUAAAUUGCGCUUCCCCUUUUUCGCUUUAUUGUUUCAUUUCCGAUCUAAUUUUAUUCUCACCAACUCACCCAUUCCUUCCUUUUGAAUCAUAUUUUUUACUUUGUAAAAACAUACAAUGGGCGGCGACUCAGACUCCGAGUCCAAGUACCUCUCCGAAGGGUUCGAUGCAAGCACGCUCAAGGUCAGUAGCCUGCGCAACAUUCUAGUCAAACACUCCGUGGACUACCCGAGCAACGCCAAAAAGGGCGAGCUUCUCAGCAUUGUGCAGAAAAAAGUGCUCAGCAAGGCAAGCAAACUGCGCAAGGAAGCCAAGAAGCUGAAAAAAACCAAGGCUGAUGGCCGCGAUAUUGAAGUGGUCGACAGUGGGCCAUCUAUUGGAGCACGCACACGGGCACGCAAUGUACCGUCAUCGUCUGCUGCCGAAACAGGGGGAGAAGCAGGAGAAGAGACCAAGACCGAGAGCAAGGUCGAGAGCAAGAACAAAAAGUCGUCUGCAUCUGCUUUGGCAAAGGCAAAGUCCAAGCCCAAACACAAGCACAAGGAAUCCAGUGCUGAACCGGAGCGGGAGCCGGAGCUGGAGCGGGUCAUAGGUGCCAAGCGCAAGCUCAGCGAGGCCGAGGGAGAGGACAAGCCUGCUGAAGAGAAGACAAAGCAGCACGGGCUGGGCGCUGGUAACGACCAGAAGGGCGCCGAUGCGCAGAAGCAGCGCAUUGCCAAGCGCCGCGUUUUGCACCCUCACACCAGCAGCAGCAAUUAAAGAAGCGUGAGGCCAGCAGCGUGGCAGCCAGCGGACUUGGCAGCAGCGAUUCUGAGUACAGCAGCCGCAACACCACCA